UUUUCUUUGCAUGUUUUGUGCCAUAAUACCCUCGUGUUUGUCACGCUUCCGGGAAAAUAGGUAUGAAUGCUGAAAAGUUAAGCAAACUUCAAGCUCAAGUCCGGAUAGGUGGAAAGGGCACAGCUCGUCGUAAAAAAAAGGUUGUUCACAGAACGUCAACUACAGAUGAUAAGAAACUUCAGACUUCAUUAAAAAAACUGUCUGUAAAUAAUAUACCUGGGAUUGAAGAGGUCAACAUGAUCAAAGAUGAUGGAACUGUGCUGCACUUCAAUAACCCAAAAGUUCAAGCCUCUCUGACAGCCAAUACUUUUGCUAUCACAGGACAUGCAGAAACAAAACAAAUUACAGACAUGCUUCCAGGUAUAUUAAACCAACUCGGGACAGAAAGUUUAACUCAUUUAAAGAGAUUAGCUGAUAUCCAGAGCUCUGUGGCAAGUGCCAGUGAAGAUCAGACUGAAAACACAGGAACUAACGAGGAUGAAGAAGAAGUUCCUGAUCUAGUUGAGAACUUUGAUGAACCAUCGAAGGCUGAAGGAGUUUAGGAAUUAUGUUCCUAUGGCAAAAGUGUCUUAAGAAUAUUAAAAGUACAAUUUCCAGUUGUUGUCUUUCAGUCAAAGAUUAAAUAUGACUUUUUAAAACCACC